CUCUCAACUAAGUCCAUGAGCAAAGAACGGUUUCUUGGAACUUCCAAAAAUUUUAAAUCAUGAAACAUCUAUUAGUGCUACUACUGUGUGUUUUUAUAGUUCAGUCCCAAGAUUUAAGUGACUACGAAAAUGAGGAUGAAGAUGACAUAUCUAAGACCACUUUGGAUGCCCGUGGUCAUCGACCCAUCGACAGGACGAGAGAAGAGGCUCCCAGUCUGAGACCUGCCCCGCCUCCCGUCAGUGGAGGUGGCUAUCGGGCUCGUCCAGCCAAAGUAGCUGCCAGCCAGAAGAAAUCGGAAAGAAAAGCCCCGGAUGCUGGAGGCUGUCUUCAUGCUGACCCAGACCUGGGAGUGUUGUGUCCCACAGGGUGUCAAUUGCAAGACACUUUGGUAAAUCAUGAAAGACCAAUCAGAAAAAGUGUAAAUGAUUUAAAUAAUAAUGUGGAUGCUGUUUCCCAGACCGCUUCUACCACCUUUCAGUAUAUGACUGUGCUAAAAGACAUGUGGAAAAAGAGGCAGAAGCAAGUAAAAGAUAAUGAAAAUAUAGUAGAUGAGUACACCUCAGAACUGGAAAGUCACCAUUUAUAUAUAGAUGAGACUGUGAACAAUAAUAUCCCGACUAAUUUUCGUGUACUUCGUUCAAUUCUGGAAAGCUUAAGAAGCAAAAUACAAAAAUUAGAAUCUGAUGUCUCAGCUCAGAUGGAAUACUGCCGCACCCCAUGCACUGUCAGUUGCAAUAUUCCUGUGGUUUCUGGCAAAGAAUGUGAGGAAAUUGUUAGAAAUGGAGGUGAAACAUCUGAACUGUAUCUCAUUCAGCCUGAAGGCUCUGUCAAACCAUAUAGAGUAUACUGUGAUAUGACUACAGAAGGUGGAGGGUGGACAAUAAUUCAGAACCGUCAAGAUGGUAGUGUUGACUUUGGCAGGAAAUGGAGCCCAUAUAAACAAGGAUUUGGAAAUAUUGCAAUCAAUGAAGAUGGGAAAAAGUACUGUGGCCUACCAGGUGAGUAUUGGCUUGGAAAUGACAAAAUUAAUCAGCUUACCAAGGGAGCCACAGAACUUUUGAUUGAGAUGGAGGAUUGGAAAGGAGAUAAGGUGAAGGCACGCUACAGAGGGUUCACUGUACAGAAUGAGGCCAACAAAUACCAGAUCUCAGUGAGCGGAUACAAGGGAACAGCUGGCAAUGCCCUCAUGGAAGGAGCUUCUCAGCUGGUGGGAGAAAACCGGACCAUGACCAUUCACAACGGCAUGUUCUUCAGCACAUACGACAGAGACAAUGAUGGCUGGAUUAAUGCAGAUCCCAGAAAACAGUGUUCUAAAGAGGAUGGUGGUGGAUGGUGGUAUAAUAGAUGUCAUGCAGCCAAUCCAAAUGGCAGAUACUACUGGGGCGGACAUUACAGCUGGGACAUGGCAAAACAUGGCACGGAUGAUGGAGUGGUGUGGAUGAACUGGAAGGGGUCCUGGUAUUCAAUGAAGAAGAUGUCUAUGAAGAUCAGGCCCUACUUCCCACAGCAAUAGCCCCCCAAACACAGAUUUUUAUUCUUCCAUGUAUAACAACAUUUUUGUAUAUUAUGUCAUUGGCAUUUUGUUUCAUACAUUAUAUCUCUCUAAAACUAUCAAAAGGUUGUGAGUGUGACUUUUUGGAAAAAGUAUUUAGGAUAAAUAACAUUAAAAUUGGAGCACCAUUUUCUCUUAUAUCGUUCAUUUAUACUGCUCACCAAGAAGUAACUAAAAGGGUAAUUGUGGACAGUCAGUGUUCAUAGUUUAAAUUCCAAUUGAUUGUGAAAAGUUUCAAAUUAGGAAGAGGAAUAUUCUAUCCCUGUUGUAGAAAAGCUGUGAGGCAAACUAAAAGCUUAUGUUUAAAAGGCCACUUUAAAAAAUUUAUUUAUUUAUGUAAGAUCUGUCACUGAAAACGUUCAAAAAGAUUUAUCAAUUAAACCAAUCUCUGUUGCAAUAAA